AGGUUUGCUGAAGACGACACGCGACAGCACACACGCCUGCCGCCUUGCCACCUUUCUUCUCUCAUUCCGUUCUUGCCACGACACGCGCGGACUCCUCGACCGAUCCUCGGCAGAAAACAUCGCACACACACACGCGAGAAAGCAAAAUGGCGGUCCCUCAUGGAAUGCUGAUCUCCCGCAACGACAUCACACCAGACAGUCUGGUGGAUCUGCCGGGUGAUCGCAAAAUCAUCGAGCAGAUUUCUAAUACGAUGGCGAACUCGUCCCUCUUCAAGAUGGAGAAGGAAGACCACACACUAGCGAACUUGCUGCGCAUGAAGCUGCACGAGUCUCCCUUUGUGCAGAUCGCUGGUUACCGCGUGCCCCACCCAACGAAGCACAACGUAGAGCUACGCGUGCAGACGUCGUCCGACGGCACAGACGCGCCGAUUCCGCCACCAAAGAAGGCGUUGCAAGACGCUAUUGAUGGCUGUUUAAAAGACCUGGAAAACUUUGAGGAGCAGCUGCGUCGUGAGGAGCAGUUAAAGCGAUUUGAACCGACAGCACAUUAA